CGCCGCCGCCGCCGCCGCCGCAGCAGCAGCAGCAGCGGAAGUGGGCGGUGCCGCUCCUCGCCUCUCUCCUCCUCUUCGCCUCCCUCUUGUUCUUCUCCUCCGGCCAGACCCUCCUCUUCCUGUUCUUCUCCCGGAUCCCCUCUUCCUCCUCCGCCAUCGAGGAACCCCUCUUCGUCGAGCCCAAGCUCCGCCUACCGCCACUUCCCGCCAUCCCCGCCCUUUCCGUACCCCGCCUCGCCUACCUCAUCUCCGGCUCCGCCGGCGACGGCCGCAGCCUCAGGCGGACCCUCCGGGUGCUCUACCACCCAACCAACCGCUACGUGCUCCACCUCGACCUGGAGGCCCCCCCGGCGGAGCGCCUUGAGCUCGCGGCCGCCAUCCGCGACGACCCGGUCUACGCCCGCUUCGGCAACGUCCGGGUCGUCGCCCGAGCCAACCUCGUCACCUACCGGGGCCCUACCAUGGUCGCCAACACGCUCCAUGCCGCGGCGAUCCUCCUCAGGGACGCCGGUGAUUGGGAUUGGUUCAUCAAUCUCAGCGCCUCCGACUACCCCCUUGUCACCCAGGACGAUCUGCUCCACGUGCUUUCAAGUUUGCCAAGAUAUCUGAAUUUUAUCGAGCAUACAAGUGAUAUUGGAUGGAAAGAGUACCAAAGGGCUAAGCCUGUUAUCAUAGACCCUGGGCUGUAUAAGUUGCAGAAGUCAGACGUGUUUUGGAUUACGGAGAAAAGGAGUGUACCUACUGCAUUCAAGCUCUUUACAGGCUCUGCUUGGAUGAUGCUUUCUCAUCAGUUCAUAGAAUUCUGUUUAUGGGGAUGGGACAACCUUCCGCGGACAGUUCUAAUGUACUAUGCAAAUUUUCUUUCCUCACCUGAGGGAUACUUCCAUACAGUGAUCUGCAAUGCACCAGAAUUCCGCAACACCACUGUUAAUCAUGACCUCCAUUUCAUAUCUUGGGACAACCCCCCAAAGCAGCAUCCACACUUCCUCACUCUGGAUGACUUCUCGAGAAUGGUAGACAGCAAUGCUCCUUUUGCGAGGAAGUUUCGCAGAGAUGAUGCUGUGCUCGACAAAAUAGACAGGGAGCUCUUAGGUUGUGAUGCUGACGGAUUUGUGCCUGGUGGAUGGUAUGGUGCAUUAAAGAUGAAUACCAGCGAUAGACACUACACUGUGAGGAAUGCGAAUGAGCUAACGCCUGGGCCUGGUGCUGAGAGGCUGAAACGCCUCAUCACAAGUUUGCUUUCAGCUGAUGGUUUCGAUGAGAAGCAUUGCAUUUGACAUGUACGAUAUGCCAGCAGAUGUGGAGUUGAAUUGUGAAUUCUGAGGCUUUGUGCUGUUGGCCUGCUCUUCAUCAUUGUAGCAGCAAGGUCCCCUGAGUGUGGGUAUUGGUGAAGCUAUGUUGGAAGGCUGAAAGCGUGGAUCGCGAAGGUUCCAUAAAUGUAUCUUCUUGAGAGAGUAUAAAUUAGUCAGCUAUAAAGCACCUCUCCUGUAUCUCUUUUCAAUGCUUUCGCCAUGGAUGGAGUACUGUAUACUGCAUUUUGGCACACUACCGCUGGAUCGAUGUUUUAAUAUCAUUUAUAUUAAACAUGUGUUUACAGGUGGAGGCGAUUAUCUCCAUGGUGCUCUUUUC